AAUGCUUAGCAUUGCACAUGGUGAUCUUAGGCUUGUGUGCAGCUGCGCUGCCAUGAACCCAUUUCAUGAAGCUCCUGACGAACAAUUAUUGUGCUGAUGUUGCUUCCAGAGGCAGUUUGGAACUCCGUAGUGACUGUUGCAACAGAGGACCCUAUUUUGUUCGCUCUUCAGCACUCAGCGGUCCCUUUCUGUGAACUUGUGUGGCCUAUAACAUUGCGUUGUUACUCCUAAACAUUUCCACUUCACAACAACAUCCUAUGACCGUGCCAUGUUGAAAGUCACUGAGCUCUUUAGUAAGGCCAUUCUACUGCCAAUAUUUGUCUAUUGAGAUUGCAUGGCUGUGUGCUUGAUUUUAUACGCCUGUCAGCAAUGGGCGUGGCUGAAAAAUACGAAUCCACUAAUUUGAAGGGGUGUCCACAUACUUUUGUAUAUAUAUAUAUAUAUAUAAUGUUGAUAGGUAACCUCACACUGAUUUUGGUGAAGAUGUUUGGUUUUUCUUUAUUUCAUUUUCCCUGCACAUGUACUCUGAUGCUGGAAUGUUAUAAUUUAUUAAACCCUGGUGUUGGUCCUCGUUUUUUUUUUUUGACUAAAAUAGCAUGUAUUAUACCACUGUUGUGCAAAGAAAUAAACUAAAGCAUCCUUAAAUUAUGUAUUCGGCUCAACAUAUUUUGUCUAGAGGACUGGCAAAGUACAGCCAGGAUCAGGGGCACUUAUGGUGCACUUGAGUAACCUUACAUUACAAUAAGGAACACUGUAUUUCUAUCUUUGUUGGCUGGCUUGCCCUGACCUGGGUAUGACUGCAGCGCCUAGAACAAUGAUGGUCUAGUAUCUUUGUUUAGAAACUCUGGCUGUGUAAUAGAGGAUCGAACCCGUAAUGUAUCAUGGGGAAAUUGUGACUGACCGAUCUACAAAUAAUGAUCAGUUAUUUAUGAUGCAAGUCAGUCAGUCGGAGCAAGCCCUGUGCCUACAAUCUACAGUAGGCGACCUGGAACAAGGGGAGAAGGCAAGCCCGCAUUUCUAUGGAAACUGUAACGCAGGUGGGGAGAGGAGCCGCUGAUCUUUGUUUGUGUUGUUUGACAGUUGGCUACAGGUUGCUUUACACAUUUGUAAGGUAUCAUGGCAGGGACGUCACGACAUGAUCGGGAGAUGGCGGUGAACGCCAAAAAACAGCUGGCUGUCUGCACAGACCCUGUGGAUCGACUGAGGAUGCAGUGUCUCGCACGAGGCUCUUCUGGCAUCAAGGGUCUGGGCAGAACAUUCAGGAUAAUGGAUGAUGACAACAACCGUACAUUGGAUGUGAAGGAGUUUAUGAAGGGGCUUAAUGACUACGGUGUCCUCAUUGAUAAAGAUGAGGCCAUGACAAUGUUUCAAAGUUUUGACCGGGACAACAGUGGACUCAUUGACUUUGAUGAAUUUCUCCUCACUCUCAGGCCCCCGAUGUCCAAUGCCAGGAAGGAGGUAAUCAUGCAGGCCUUUAGGAAGCUGGAUAAGACUGGUGACGGGGUGAUCACUAUUGAAGAUCUGAGUGGGGUUUACAAUGCCAAGUACCACCCCAAAUAUCAAAACGGGGAGUGGACAGAGGAGCAAGUAUUCCGCAAAUUCCUGGACAGCUUCGACUCUCCUUACGACAAGGACGGAAAGGUCACCAUGGAGGAGUUUCUCAACUACUACUGUGGAGUCAGCGCCUCCAUCGAUAGUGAUGUCUAUUUCAUUCUCAUGAUGAAAAAUGCAUGGAAAUUGUGAGUUUUAAGUUGUUAACUUUAUGAUGGACAGUUUUUCAAGGUGCCUUCUUAAACAAAUAUUUCAUUAUAGAAGUCAUGUUGACACCGAAUAUUAAUAAUGUCCCAAUGAUAUGCAAAUGAUUAUGAAUGACUUGUAAAUAUUUAGUGCUGUUUGAAAAUAUGUAUUUUAAUUAUACAGUCACUUUCUCCAGAAACAACCAAUAUUCUGUAUAGUAGAAAUGAAAUGUGAUGUAUCUACAUCUGUGGUCCACAGUUCCAAUGUUAGAUAUAUCUUUAUAAAGACACGGGAAAUCAUAAAGACUGAUAAAU